GUAUGCUGUAGCGCAUUUUUAACGUGAUCCUAACGCCAGCGACCUUCAAUCUGUACUGAUAUAUCCCCAAGUGUUUUUAAUGAUCUUCACUAAAAGCAUUGUUUUCUGUGUUGUGUCUAAAUCUACUCUUAGAAAGUUUGUUUUCUGUUCCGUUUCCAAUGGUUGUAAACGUUGAAUUACAUGGCUGAGAAUUGAUCUCAGUGACAUAAAUACAGUAACUAUUUCCCUUCUCUUUUUUCCGAACUUGGAUGUGGCAGUGGCUUUAGAAGGGCUCCAGAUGGUAUCGUAUUUCGUGUGACAACUAGCCACUUCAUACAUUUCACUUUUUUAAGCUAUAGUGUCGGUAACAGUAAAGGGGAUACUAUAUAUAAUAAAUAAUGCUAUUCAUCGUGUGCGCUUUUCGAUUUCGUCGCUCUUGAUCUCCCAAGUUUUUUAGGUUGAGGUGAUCUUUUACGCUUUAGGCCAGACCCGUUUCUAUUACAAUGAUAAGUUCCACUUUAGUAUAGUCUAUCCGCACAUUUAAUUCCAAUUGUUUGUUAAGCAAGCUUCGAGGAUUUGUGUGACAGGUCAAAUGACAAUUCAAGUACCUGCAUCGGUGCUGAAUCCUCAUCUCAUGAAGUCUACAGGUGACCUAUCUUUUUCUCCCAUUUCUAGCCUUGAUUUUAGUUCUUGCCUUUUUAUAUGAUCAGCGAGUUGUCUUUGAAGAAGAAGUCUCCUGACCCUUUCAGUUCAUGUACACCCCGAGAGUGAACCCUGUGAUACCUUAGUCAUUAGUUUGUUUGAGUAAAUCUUUGAAUUAACUAACAUCAGAUUCUAAACUAGUUCUGGGUUCGGAUUUUCUGUUCUCGACCGUGUGAGAAAUAAUCAGCGUAUAACUAUGAUCAGCAUUGGGUUUAAAAUCGCAAUUAAGGAAUCCUACUCUUAGCUCUUAUAUCAGGUCGUUUCUUCUGCUACUAGGUUAAUUCGUUGAUUGUAUUAGCUAAUUGCUCAUACGUUCUGAAUUGUUUUUAAAGGCUUUUAGGAAGUAGAUCUUUGGUGAUACCUUUCAAAACUUUCUCUUUAUUUAGACAAAACUCUAAAAUUGUAAGUCUUGAAGUAUUUUUUGGGUCUUGGUGCCGACUAAAGAUAAAAAAGUAUUUACUGUACUCAUACAGGGAUAGUUAUUUGAUUAACUUAUAAUCGUCAUAAAUACUCUUGUCGACCACAAUAUUCCACCUAAGCUUUAGUUUUUGCGAACUUUAAUCUUUGGCACGUUUCAACGCUGAUAAAUAUCUACCAUUUAAUUCUUGCCACUUGAUCUGAGUUUCUUUACCCCAAAUGCCCUGGUACGAUGAGAGUGGGGAGAGUCCGCUCUCGCAUGGUCACGCGUAUAUAGCCUCUGCCAGGGAAGUUCUACUCACUGCCUUCUCGUGGCGAGGGUGUUGUUUACGAAAAUGAGAGGACGAAAAGCGAAUGUCCGGCGCUUUAACCGGAUUCCAAACGAAUGGUGCACAUGGGCUCCAGUAUCCUAAGGGAACAAAUGGCGUAUGAACUGAUUGUUGGUCACCGGCCUCCAUGGGACUGCAUCUCCUUACAAUGUUCCACUGCCUUGUGGAUCAGACCUUCAGAUCGAAGGCUCGGGGAGUGGCCCCCUAAGAAAACCACCUGCUUCGGUUCGGGCACCCGGGCGGUAUCACAGCCCUCACACAUAUCGAAUGAGAUUUGUAUGGCGCAUAUGUAUUCGGUGCCUCCUUGUACCAAUAUCUAUUUGUUAAAAUAAAUAAAUAAAUACUUUACCCCAACGAGGUACAUGCCAUACACCUAAACUAAACAUUCAAGUAAUUCAAAUUAUGUAUUCGACACUGCCGUUGCAUAACCUUGAGACCAGUGGUUUUUUCGGGCAAGGUGUAGUAUAGAAACGCUAUUUACCAUCAAAUUAUGGAGUUACACUUAGGUUUCUUCAUUCACUAAAAAUAUCCUCAGUCAGUAAGCUACAACGUAGGACGAGGCACAUAUAUGCAUCGGUCCAAGUUGCCAUACCUCAUUAGCACAGCAAGAUGAACACCGGAUUCAUAGGAGUAGUUAAGCCAAUGGUGGUAAUAUAUAAAAGAUUGCAUAUAUAGUAUAUUAGGUCUAAGUUCUUUAUCUGAUGGUACAUAUUUUAUAGGCAAUAUUUAUAAAAAAAUAACAUAUAAGUAUGAGAAAACCUUAGCAAAAGAUAUUUUUUGAAAUACUAAAAAUCCAUUUAUCUGAAGACAGUUAAGCACUGCAAAAUCAGUAUUUAAUAGAAGUUGCUACAAAAAUCCACCACAAUACUGUUUGUUGCAGGGAUUGUAAGACAUUUUGGGAUAUACUUAAUCUUUUGAAACAAAUCAUAGCGAUGUAACACAAUUAAUAUAUUGUGCGGAUCAUGAUUUCCUGAUAGUUAGGUGGACAUCACACCUCGACGUAGAUUUGUUUAAUUUAAAUGUAAAACCAGUCGAUGGCAGAUUCGUUUGUUUAUUUGAAAACUGAUUGUGCUUUUGUCAGGUGGCUGAAGCAAUCUAUAGGAAACCCUAUUUCUCAUUUUGAUUUGUACUUGUAAGACAUCUUUUCAACAAUAAAGGAAGUAAUUCUUUUUUUAGGAUUAGAACCCGCACUAAUCAUUACCACAAUCAGGGAUGUUAAUACUAAGUUAUUCGAGCUACCCAAACUAAAGCAGAUCAAUCUUAUCUAGGAGUUUUCAGAAUUUUUUUACUGCUGGGAUCACUAUGUGGAAUUUUCAUGUCUUACUGUCGACAAAAUUAGCUGAAGUUUUGAAAUUCAAACAACCAUUCAGAACACGUAUCUACCAUUUUGCUCUCCAACCCAAGAUGAUUAAAUAUAAUGAGUCAAUAGACCCAGAAGAUCCUCGUCUCGUAAAAGCCGUUGCUCCAGCACAAAAAUGGGAACAUACGGGGUCCAAUUUUGAUGAACUUGUCUCAAGAAUUGUGGGGAUGAUGACCAUUCGAGGCGAAAGAGAGGUGGCUAGAAAUGUAAUGCGCAUGACGUUUAGAGAAAUAAAACUAAUACAGAUGCGGAAAAACAAAAGUAUUGCAAAUAUUUCGGAAAGUAAGGCUACUGUUAUUAAUCCCACUACUGUGAUUCAUGAAGCAGUAAAGAACUGUACACCUUUACUACUGCUACAAUCAGUACCACGUGGUGGUAUUUUGUACAAGGUUCCUGCUCCUCCAGUAUCUUCUUCGGUUGCCACGCAUACUGCAGUGAAAUUUAUUUUGGACGCAGCUAGAGGAAAGCCACGUGAUCAACGAAUAUGGAUAUCUCUGGCAAACGAAUUUAUGGUGGCUUCACAAAACCAAGGGAAAGCUGUCAAAUACAAGGUUGAAUUACAUAAACAAUGUGAGGAGAAUCGUGCAUAUGCUAAUUUUAGAUCACAUUAACUAAUUUCCUUCCAAACUUCGUUUUUCUAUAGAAAUCGUACGCUUGUAAAUAUCCAUUCGUUACAAUAGAUACUUACUUUUAUAAACAUAUCUUUUCUUGUAUACAUUGUUCUUUAAAUUUACUUCCAAGAAUAUUUGCUUCAGUGUUUGCAUUAGAAAGUCUGUCUGAUGAUUAUCCACUGUUUUCAAAUAAAAUUAACACUAUCUUCUGUUGAAGUGGUGGGCUACUGUGCCCUAGUUCGUUGGAACUAUUGAACAGCUGAACAACUGAAUUGCUUUAGUGUAGAAGAACAUUCUUGCUAGUGUUAGAAUCCUGCUUCUAUUUUAGGUUUCCUAUAAACUUAUAGUUUGUGGCACUGUUUUGGGUUUUCAUAUGAACUUUUCCGCUCAGUCUUUUUGAUCAAAAGCUAUGCAGUUUAUUCACUAUAUAUAUAGUCAUGUAACAGUUUUCCUUAAUAAUCUGUCUUUGAGAAAAUGUGUUUAGUGUUAUAGUGUAAAAUCGUGCCAUUCAGAAUCAAACCCAUAUUAAAGGGAAGAUAUUUGCAUGAAACUCAGUGAUAAAUUCCGCUAGUGUUUAGAAAAAUUAUAUUCAAAAUAACAGUAAUAAUAAUAUAUGAAACUAGGUUUCACAAAAUGGCAUAGUGUACAAAGUUUUGGAAUUCCAAUUAAUUUCAAGCUUGAAUUUUAAUAUUUGAUUCUAAUGUUUAACUGUUAUGCCAGUAUAUUAUCUUUUCGUUGUGAGAUAUAAUAAAUGUCGAGCAUUAUUUUUUUAGCCUAACAAUACUGAAAAAUGCUAAUUCACAGCAAUCUGCGCGUCUUACCCUCAUCCAAAUGGUUCGAUUUGUUAAAUCUUAAGUAUGACUACAAGCGCUGUCGCCAUGCGCAUACUUAUGCACAACAUAUAGGUAGUAAUCUUAAAGCGAAAAUUUCAGUCAGUGAUCCACCUAUCGCAACAAUACGAAAUGUUGGUUUAAUUGCUCAUAUCGACGCUGGUAAAACGACUACUACAGAACGCAUGCUUUAUUAUGCUCGACGUAUACACUAUCUCGGUGAAGUGGAUCAUGGAGAUACUGUGACUGAUUACUUACCAGAAGAACGUGAACGUGGUAUAAGCAUUGUUACUGCAUCAGCUUCUCUGUCUUGGAGAAAUCAUAUAAUUCACUUGUUGGAUACUCCAGGACAUGUAGACUUCACAUUUGAAGUUGAACGAAGUCUAACUGUUUUAGAUAGUGUUGCCGUUAUAUUGGAUGCGGUCAAAGGUGUUCAACCUCAGACACAUACUGUGUGUCGCCAGGCCCAUCGUUACUGUCUUCCAUGUCUAAUCUAUAUCAAUAAAAUGGACCGCCCAAUGGCUAACGUCGAUCUCUGCUUACGCAGUUUAUCUAAACAGCUGCCUACAAAAGCACAUUAUAUGCCUAUUCAUUGGCCAGUAUUUUCUCAUAGUCUUAAUACAGAUAACACAUCAUCAUUAAUUAAUGCUUCGAAUACGUCUACUUCGCUUUCUAAUAAAUAUAUUAAAAACAAUGGUACCAGUCAAUUUGUUGGACUUGUAGAUUUGACUACGAUGCAAUUAAAAAAUUGGAUUUCAUGUAACGGUCCUGAUGAUGUUUAUACAUCAUCUGAUCUAUUCGAAGGUAUCAAUACAGCUACUGUAUCACAUUGCUCUCAUCUACCGAAAUCGAAAUCUUCCAUUAAAAACACUCUGAACCCAAGUGGAAUUCAAGAGGCACUAAGUGCUCGUAUGCAGCUACUAAGUACAUUGGCCGAUAUCGAUGACGAAUUUGCAGAUAAAUUCUUGCAACUCGAUCGUCCAGAUUUAUUGGUUCCUUCAGAUAUUGUUCAUAAAAGUUUAAAAAAGGCAAUUCUUUCCUUCCAAGUCAUACCAGUGUUAGUUGGUAGUAGUCGAAAUAACAUCGGGAUUCAGCCUUUAUUGGAUUUUAUUGUUGAUUACCUACCAGAUCCUAGUCAUUCCAAUAUUCCAAUCUCUAUUUUAAAGGUUUAUAAAUCGUUGAAAUCUACAUUACCGAAUCCAAGUGAUCUUUUGAAAGCCUCUAGAGACUUAGAUAAUCGUCGCAGUAUUCUAUCAUCGAAUUUCCCAAUCAUGCUUGUAUUCAGGAUAUGUUUUGAUCCACAUCGUGGUCCGCUUACCUUAGUACGCAUAUAUUCCGGUGUAAUUACACCUGGUUCUCAAAUUGCUAAUUGGUCCCGAUAUAAAGAUAUACAUUUACCAGAGAAAAUCUUAAAUGUAUUUCAACUAAAUGGAGAUUCGUUAGAAGUAGUUAACAGUGCUGGACCUGGUAGUAUUAUUGCUUUAAGUGGACUUCAGUCAACGUACACAGGCGAUGUUUUAGGUCCUGUCUUGAAUUCGACUAAAAGUAGACAAGUAGAGAAUUCCAAUGGUACUGAAUUAAAUGAUACUGAAGAAAUAUUUGACAAUGGACCAGAAUCACCUUCCGUAUUUCAAGUAUCCGAACCUGUUGUAUACGCUGCGGUUGAACCUGGUAGUCGAUCCGAAAUAAAUGCACUUGAACAUGCUCUCAAUUGUAUGCAACGUGAAGAUCCGAGCUUUCAUGUGAAGUUUGAUGAAGAAACUGGACAAUGGAUAAUUUCUGGAAUGGGUGACUUACACUUGGAUGUUGUACUUUCAAGGCUGAAACGUGAAUACAAAGUUAAUGUUCGAAUGGGACCACUUCUGGUCGCUUACAAAGAAUGUCCACCACAAGAUGCUUCCAGUUCAAGUGGAUGGAGUUUUGUGGUUGGAUAUAUAAAUGGUAGUGAAAAAGCUGUUGCAAUAGGAGUGAUACUUCAACCUAAAACUAUUCAUCCACUUCACAAACCUCAGGUCAUUUUUGACCGACUUGUAGAUCAUAACAUCGUUCGUGUACGUCAUGCCAUCACCGAAGCCUGUUUGUCUGCCUUAGAGGUUAGUGGACCUAUUCUUCGUUCCCCUAUUAUUGGAGUAGAUAUUCACAUUAGUAAUAUUGUAUGUGGCCGUGUAGAACAAAUUUCAAAUGACUCGGGAUGUAUCAAUGGUCUUGGUGACUUGACUUUAGAUAAAUUAUCCAAUGCUCAGCUUUCUUCACCAUCCCUUUUAGCUUUGUUAAAAACUUGUUGCAUAAGUAGUGUAAAAAAUGCGGUAGCCAAAAUACCUAACUGGCAUAUUAUGGAGCCGAUGAUGGAAAUCGAACUUCAACUGCCUUCUCUAAAAGGUUAUGAUUCAGAAUUAUCAGCCUUUCUGUGUGACUUAACGAAUAGGCGCGCAGAAAUAAUAUCAGUGGACAACGCAGAAACCAGUUCAAACAGUAAAGACGAUAGCAGAAUGGGAGCUGAAAAAUAUCACCGUAUACGUGCAAUAGCACCGUUAUCUGAAUUAGCUAACUACUCGGCUACUAUCAGACGUCUUUCGUCAGGACGAGCUGAAUUGAGUCUCCGGUUGGCUAAUUAUUACCCUGUUAGCUCAGAGCACCAAGCAAAACUAUUAGAUCAAUUCAGAUUCAGUCGUUCUGGAAGCACCGUGCAUUAAGAAAAUAUCACAACAUCGUUAGCCAGCUGAUAAUUAGCACUACCUGUGUAUGAUAAAUUUUUUUAAAAAAAAUAUAUAUAUGAUGCAGACGUUAAUUGAACUUUUUCAUUUCACUCAUAGUUUUAUUAGGCCAUUAAGAGAUGUCAGGCACUAUACGCAAUGUAGUUUGCACUUUAUCACAAACUGAUUUGUCGAAUCACAUGAAUAUUGUAUCUACUGACAUAAUCUUUUUAUUCGAUCAAGGCCGCUUAUCCGAUGAUCGAAUGCAAUCAUGAAUAUCAACAGCAGUAAAGUACGAACCGGCUGACAUAGGUUUACUGCUAAACCAAUCAGGAUCGAGGAAGUUAUUUCGAAGGAACACUUUGCAAUCUCAGGGCUUCAGACUACUGAAGACAAGUAUUUAUUCAUCAGUGCGCACAUACAAUCAUUCUGAGGCAGUUUCAAUCACAAGUUUAAGUUAUAUUUCUCAGCAAUGCUUGUCACAUCGGGGGUACGAUUCGUUUUAGUGUCCAAACUAGAAUUUUCGGUUUAGAUGGUGAAGUUGGAGUUCAGGGUAGGAGUUAUUAUUUAUACAAUCUAACUGCAGAUUUCGAUCAUAACUUCCAGGCAUCCGUUAAAAAUAUAAGCCAGUCUAACUGAGUUGACUAACUAUGUAGGCUUUGUAUAAUUUUACUACAUGACAUAUGUUUCGAACUAGUUUUUUUGACUAGCAAAGACGGCCCGAGGUCGUUGCUCAGUCCUACUCUCCUUGCCACUUCGUCACAGUCUGUGCCGUCGAAAUAUCGGGUUCACGGCGUGCUGACCUCUGCAGCGAUGUUAAACUUUCGAGACAUCCACGUCUAAUAUCCAUAGGGAACAUCAACACAUGCGCUCCAGCGAACUGCUGAGCCAUCCAAACCCAGUAUUUGGUUGGCGGCCGCCAAACUCCGUCGACAACGACCGGUACCUCCAACACCGCCACAACACUCCAAGCGAUGAAACCACCCCGAAACGGAUGACCCCAACUACCGCCUCCUCCCCAGAUCACGCAAUGGCGUCACAGAACUCUAUUCUCUUAGCCUCCUGGUUGGCUGCGACACCAAGGG